UCUGAGAACUGGUGAUGCACGAAGUUUCCAGGAAAGUUUUACAAGGUGAUUUUUUUCUCCAUUAUUUGACAGUAUUAUAUCAGAAGUUACUUGUAGUGGUAGACAUGCGUUGUGGCUCAUUGGCUCUAUUGAUCAACUUUAAAUACUUAAAUACUUUUGAUUUCUAAUGUUUUCUUUCGUUUUGUGAACAGUGGGGUUUCUUAGACUACAGUUGUUAGACGUCUUGCUGAUGUUUAUACUUGAUGCAUGGUCAGGUAGUCUAGUAUAUCAUCUGCUUAAGCAGCAUGUGUGCGAGAGAUUUUCUCGGAAGUUCGUCUUUCAUUGCGAAACUAUUGGGGUUUUUUCAUUGCCAAUGGUCCUACUUUGAUCAUGUUGGUUUAUCGAAAUAUAGAUAUUAUCGAGAGAUAAUAUAUUAGUCAUAAUGUGCAGUUGGUUUAUAGCCUAUCCUACUGUACAGAAAUAUUACUUUUGUGUUAUAUAGUCAGAUUUCUUUAGAUUGAUCAAAGUAGUUUUUCCGGGUAGUAUGAAUUUAAUAUUCUCAAAAAGUAUAUAUUUAAUAGUCGUUAAAUAUCAGUAAACUAUAGCAAGAAAAGUAGCGCAACAGGGCGAGCCAGUCUGGUUAGAUCACUGCGUACUACUUUUCAGCUUUGCGCACUGUUUUCCCUCUCUCUGAUGGUGGUUUCACUUCGCUGGUAGAUUUCGACUGCUAAACUGUCGACAACGUUUUCGAUCGGUAGUGAGUUUAAACAAAAAUCGAACAAUAUGUUGACGCAGAUGUACAUUCUUGAUCUGUUUUUAUGGACCGUUAUUAUCAAUAACUGCCUACUAGUUUUGUACUAAACUUACAUGGAGCCUCUGUGCAAUGUGUAGGCCUAUGUGCACAUGCAUUUGAAACUCCUAAAAUCCUACACCCUAUUUUACGCAUAGGCCUAUUUUGCCAUAUUCCAAUUUUUUUAGAAUUUUAUUUUUCAAGGUAAAAAUAAGUUGGGUCUAAUGUCAUGGGUUAAACCAGGUGUCUUUCCACUUCUAGACCUAUCGAAAAACAGGAAGCCUAUUUAGAAGCAACCUAAUCUGUGCGCACCCAAGACGGAAUGUACUAAACGCUAGACACGUUCCAUGCGCGAAACUCGGGCUCCUCUUGAGGUGGGCUUGGAUAUAUGCCAAAAGCAAAUCGGUCAUAAUCGAAUACACCGAGCUAUUAACGGAUGAAAUAGGUUUUAAACGUGAAGUUUUAUCAAACUGUUUCAAAGUAAUGUAGCCUAUAGUAAAACAUUUGCAUUUGAGUAAAACUCACAAUUUCUAAAUGUAAAAAUAUUUUAUUUUUUAAACUUAUUGUAAGGUUUAAUUCUAAAUUGUCGUUGGAAGGUCUAAUAGCAAUAUGUAAUCCGCUAUGGACACCAACAGAUAGCCUAACUUGUUCACUGUAGCCUGUACAAAGUCUACUUUCCCACUGGCCACAACAAUCAUGGCUUGUCACUAUGUUAUGAACAUCAGUUCAAUGCCUCUAAGAUGUAGGCUAUACCCUAUAGUUGAUAUGGUUAGGAAUAUCUGUCUGUAGCCUCACUCGCAGAAACGUGGUCCACUUUCCCCCAAUGAUGUUUACUUUGUUGGACAUUGAAAUGGCGCCACCUAUUGAGGAAAUAUUUCUGACACACACCAAGUUCAAUGGUAAUAGAGUGAUAGUACUACGUCCUCAUAUAGAGAAUAUUACAUAUUUAAAUAAAAAAGAACAGCUUUGCUUACUUUAUGUUAAUAUCAUUCUGCAACUCUCACAAUCUGUGUUUGGCAGAUUGUCCUUAAUUUACAAGGUAUUUCCCAUGUUUCCUCAGAUUCUGACACUAUGGCCUCAUUGGCAGAUGGCUGUAUUCAAUUUACCCGCCAUGCCGGUGAUGUACUGCUCAACUUCAACCGACUCCGCAGUAGAAAUAUCCUGACGGAUGUCACUAUCCAGAUUGACGGUCAGCACUUCUGCGCUCACAAGACGGUCCUCGUGGCCUGCAGGUACGUUCAAGACCAACUACCAGUUUUUAGGCCAAUCAUCCUUCUUGUGCUAUAGGAUUGUCAUUGUGAGAGAAAAGGGUUAUAAUCGUAACAUGUGAUUGUUAUUUUUUGAUUUUAUAGUGGGCUCUUUUACUCCAUAUUCACGGACCCCCUGAAGAGUAACCUGAGUGCCAUCAGCCUGGACCCCAAGGUGGACCCUGAUGGUUUUGCCAUCCUGCUGGACUUCAUGUACACCUCCACCCUGACCCUGAAGGACAGCCUUGUUUUGGUUACCAUGAACACAGCCUCGUACCUCCAGAUGGAACAUGUGGUGGAUACCUGUCGCAGGUUCAUCAAGUCCAGGUACGGGAAAAAAUGCAUAAUUGCUCAUCUAUUUAUACUAGGUCUGUAGCCUACAGUCCCCUGUAGCUCAGUUGGUAGAGCAUGGCGCUUGCAACGCCAGGGUUGUGAGUUCGUUUCCCACGGGGGGCCAGUAUGAAAAUGUAUGCACUCACUGACUGUAAGUCGCUCUGGAUAAGAGCGUCUGCUAAAUGACUGAAAUGUAAAAAUGUAGCCUACUAGUGCCUGGAACUUUUCCUGGUCAGGUCUGUGAAUAUUUCCAGGCCCUAUUUUUCUUAUUCACAUCGAAAUGGUAUCAGUUUGGAACUAAAUAGUAUCAGUUUGGAACUAAAUAGUUUAUCUUCCUUUCUGCCCUUUAGAGAGCAGUCUGUGAGUCUGCAGAGAGAGGAGGUACUGGCCAGCCCAAUGCGUCUCUCUCAGGACCUCCCUGCUUUCAGGGUUCUGGAUGGGGUGGUGACCAGCCCCAGCCACACAUCCAUAUCUCCUCUCAGAGACUGGAGGAGCUACUCCCCCAGUGUAUUCAGUGGUAUCAAUGCUUCGGGUAGCUCCCACCACGUCCAUGGAAAACACGUCCCCAUCCCCAUCGGAAAAAUGCCAGACGCCUGCAAUGUCAGUGACAUUCCCAAAGGGGGCGCCGUCUCUCAGAAACUCUGCUCUCCCGCGAAUCGCACAGAGACCACCAUCAUCCACCACCCUUUGUCAUCCGACUCCUCUUCCUCCUCAGUUAUGAUCAUCCGCCCUCUCCCCUGCUCCAGCCGUCAGUCGGGGUCAUUUGGCGGCCUCCAGGGGCCUGAACACAGAGGGGCCUCCCCCAUGGAGGAGGACAGCAACCAGCACCCCCAGCCCGACUCCCUCAGCCUGUCCCCAGGCUUCAGCAAAGGGGUGAUCUGCAACCCCCAAAGCCCCCUCCGUUCUGACUGCCAACCCAACUCCCCCACCGAGUCCAGCGGCUGCAGCAGGAACGCAGCCCCGGCCCUGACCCAGCCAUCUGGCUGCUCCCAGGAGCCCAAGGCCCGCAACUGGAAGAAGUACAAGUUUAUCGUUAUGAACCAGACCUCCGAGGAGGAUGAGUCCCAGGUAGGGAGAGUUGAGGCUGGGGACUGCUCCCCUCCACAGGGCCCCUACAGGACCAGUGGAUCAGAGGGACCCAUUGAAGAGCUGCAGACUGGAGAGAUAGUCAACGAGCAUGGGGAAGAGAUCCUUGUGCCGCAGGCCAGCCAUCACAGCAUUAGCCAGCAGAGAUGCUCCUCCUGUGGUACGGACGCCGCUCAGCACCUGGAGGAGUGUCCCCACUCCCCUGGCUCCUACAGCGGGGAGGACACCAAUAAGCUGCACUCUGAGUACUCCGACUCAAGCUGUGGUCAGUAGUGUGUUUCAAUGAGUGGGGCCAAUGCAAUAAACGUUCACACAGUAUAGUUACAUUCAUGUUGUUUUAAUUGACUAAAUCUCAAAGUUUCCCUUGCAGAGAAUGGUUCCUACUUCUGCAACGAGUGCGACUCAAAGUUUGCGGAAGCGGACUCCCUGAAAGGCCACAUGCUCCAGGUCCAUGCUGACAAGCCAUACAAGUGUGACCGAUGCCAGGCUGCGUUCCGUUACAAAGGGAACCUCGCCAGCCACAAGACUGUCCACACUGGUAAGACUUCUGUUACAUCUUAACUAAUAUCUGUACGGUCAAACUAAUAACGUAAUUUUGGUGUCAAAAGUGGGAUCCACAUACUGUAACUAAUAACAGCGUAUUUACAGGGUCCUGGGUGGGAUCAGUGUUUCAUGGUUUCUUUAUGCCUGUUGUAUUCCAGGAGAGAAACCGUACCGCUGUAACAUCUGCGGCGCUCAGUUCAACCGGCCGGCCAACCUCAAGACCCACACCCGCAUCCACUCAGGAGAGAAGCCAUACAAGUGUGAGACAUGUGGCGCUUGCUUCGUACAGGUGAGGAAACAGCUAUGAUCUGUCAUUCACUCAUGAAGGACAAAUAUAAUUCAUAUAUAAUUAUGUAUACUUGAAUUUGUCUCCUACAAAUCGAAAGUAUCUUAUGUAUUUCGUUCCUAGGUAGCUCACCUCCGGGCCCAUGUGCUGAUCCAUACAGGGGAGAAGCCUUAUCCCUGUGAGAUUUGUGGGACGCACUUCCGCCAUCUUCAGACCCUCAAGAGCCACUUACGCAUCCACACAGGAGAAAAGCCCUACCAUGUAAGUGCCUUGUCUUUCCGUUCACUUGACCCAGUGUGUAUCUGGUUAAUCUGGACUGCUCCAUUUCCUAUAAUCCCUUCCUGGCUUCCUGUGACUGCCUAUCAAUAGCCUAAGCCGAGUACCCAGGGCCUUAGUUUAAAUGCAUAGUGGCUAUAUCCUCUGUCCUCCUGCUAACCCUUAGUUUAAUGUAUGAAUGAACCCAUUGAGAGGCAGUUUGAUUCAAUUAGUGACUCAUUGCGUUCGUUCUUUUUCUUCCUCAGUGCGAGAAAUGUGACCUCCACUUUCGCCACAAGAGCCAGUUGAGGCUGCAUCUCCGGCAGAAGCACGGCGCAGUCACCAACACCAAGGCUCAGUACCGCCGGGCGAACCAGGACAUGCUCGUUGGCUUGGCCAAGGCCUGCUAAAUGGACACUGGGACGAUGGAGUGUGAUUGGCUGGCAACCUUUUUAUGUUGUUUUAGGAACACGUUGUCAUAGUGUCUUAGUACCACGCUGUCGAUUGUUGUGUUUGUUGGCACUGGCAGACAAGUUUCCUCCAAAUGUGAAUAUUUCAUAUUAUUUAUAGCCAUUUUACUGUAUGUUUGUAUAUAAAUCCAGUAUGUACUGUGUAUACAUGUUAAUGUGUGUGUUUUAAGAUCUUGAGAAAUGUCCUGUGAUGGAAUAUACAUUUUGGAAAUUUGAAUUUUGGAAUAGGAAUUAUUAUCGGGUAAUAAUUUUUACUUAAUGUGUUCGGUUUUCAGUUAUGUAUGACUUUUCUUCCUGAAUGUUUUCAGUUGGACAGUCUACUUCUAGAAAACUACGACAAAUGUUCAUUCAUAUUGAGAAACACUGUUACAUUGGUACAGUUCUGUUAUAGAUGCAGUAUAUGGGGGCAUGUUCAGCUGGACAUGAGCUAAUGUAUUACCCAGUUCUGUUAUAGAUGCAGGAUAUGGGGGCAUGUUCAACUGGACAUGAGCUAAUGUAUUACCCAGUUCUGUUAUAGAUGCAGGAUAUGGGGGCAUGUUCAGCUGGACAUGAGCUAAUGUAUUACCCAGUUCUGUUAUAGAUGCAGGAUAUGGGGGCAUGUUCAGCUGGACAUGAGCUAAUGUAUUACCCAGUUCUGUUAUAGAUGCAGUAUAUGGGGGCAUGUUCAGCUGGACAUGAGCUAAUGUAUUACCCAGUUCUUUGUAGUUUCUUAUCUUAUUAUUGUGAAUAUAUCAUGUACUACCAACCCAGAUUGCCCUCUGCUGGCAGAG